AUGAUAAAAGGAAUGCAAAAACUUUUUACAAACGAUACAUUUAUAAAAUACUGAGCAUAAGUAUGAAAAUCAUGGAAAAUGUGAACAACUUAAUUCCAUUUCCCUUGUCUGUAACUUCAAUGGUGUUUGGAGUACUACCCUGGGGUUCAUUCAAGAAUCUAUCUGGCAAACUCUCAUCACUGUAUACUGGAAUUCUUCUAAUCAUUUUUUCAUCAUCCGUCAUGUUAUUCGCUUGGAAAUGCGCCAACGCUUCUACAAAUAAUGCGAAUCGCAAAUCGUUGAAGGAAAUCCGAAAACUGUGGAUCGAUUAUUUGAUGCAAGUCUACCCAGCUAUAAGAAUAGUCAAUAGUCUACCAGCGUUUUAUAUCUCAUUUAUAUGCAUGGAAAGGGUUUACUCAAAGAUAAUAAAGUUCAUUCACAUAAGUGAUGUUAUGAUGGGUUAUGGUAAAUUUGAUACAACAUUUAACAGAAAACAAUUCUGGUAUGGUUUGAUUAUAUAUCUGUUAAUAGCUGUAGCAAUAUGUCCGUUCAAGGCUGUAAUGUUGCUAAAUAUUUCCAAAGAACUGUUGAAAUCGUUGAAUCUAACUACUCUACUACUCUUUCCCGUCUCAUAUUUUGGGAAUUUCGCUGUAAUUUGUGUUGAAAUGCAGUUUGCAUGUAUAUGCAGGGCGAUAUAUUUACGACUAGCCCUGAUAAAUCUACGAUUGAAGACUUUGAUCGAUGAAGUUAGAACAAGGAGGCUGUCAGUUCUUUUAGAUGUGCCGAGUUCACAGAUAGUCAAAAGUGAAUUAGAUAGAAAAGUUGUUUUCGUCAAUCGUUAUUUUUCCAAAUCGGAAAAAGUGAAAAUAUUGUGGAAAAAAUUGAAAAUGAACAGAAGAAAAGCCAUGUCCAAAGUUUUACCCAUGUUAGUCAAUUGUGCCCCAAAAACCAAUUUUUCCUUUCAAGAUGACCACGAUUUAUUGAAAGAACUAAUAUCUCUACGUCUAUCCUACAGACAUCUCCAUUUGUGUUUGAAAAGUGUGCAGGACAUGUUUGGUAUUCAUUUGUUGUUCAGUUUCUGCUCUCUGUUCAUCAUGAUUGUGUUUUUCAUUUAUUUUGAAUUCUAUCACAAGCAGUCGGAAAGUAAAAUUUUCCACUUUUUUUAUUUGAUUUGUGGUUGGCUGCUGCAUCUUAUUCUCAGAUUCAACUUACUGCUGUGGCAGGCGUAUCAAACAACGCAAGAAGCUGAAAAAAUUGAAGAAAUACUGCCUCUAGCUAUGGGCAGGCAGCUGGAUCAAUCGGUGAAGGACGAGCUCCAAAUGUUCUCUAUUGAAGUAUCAUGCAGUGAUUGGAAAAUUACUGGUUGGAAUUUUUUCGUUUUGAAGCCGGAAUUGUUUGUUUGGACUGUUGGUGGAGUUGCUACCUAUCUUGGAAUCAUAGUAAACUUGGAUGUAAAUUCAUCAAAUUGAGAAAAAAACACAAGAAAUCAUUCACCAUAAAAAAUGUUGAAACUAGAAUCAAAAACACUGAUGAAAAAUGCUACGGGUAUUGCAUCAGAAAAAUAUAAUGUGAGUUGGAUAUUCAUUUAUUUUAAUUAUCAAAUUCACUGCUAUCUAUUGUAAAAGUAAUUAGGUGCCGUACUGGUCUAAAGUUUCUUUUGAAAAAUAAAAUAACUCAAUAUAAUAAUUAAUUACUUGUGAUAUAGGCUACUACAAGGAAGCAUGAUAUUACAAGAUCUCAAAGAAAUCGGAAAUUUACGGUGUAUAUGUUUGCAUUUGAUAAUUAUAUGAGCUUUAUAUGUGUUGUGUAUCUGCCUUUUUACGCU